AUGAUCGAAGUCCGAUCCUGCAAUACCAUGCUCUCGAGGUUCAUCCCACCACUCUACACCGGUGCCGCAGUUUGUCACGAAUCAUCCACGCACGCAGGAGACGCGGUCUGCGCUUUCAACGGCACGGGAUACUCAGUCGACGGCAAGAUCUCUCAUAUCCCCGAGACAACCCUCUGCGGGACCUGGGAAUCACCCCUCUUCGCCCUUGGUAGAAACUGCGAUGAAGGAAGUAUUUCGACACAAAUGCGGGCUGGCAUCGACGCCGUACACGUCUCUGAGACUCCCCGCCUGAAGAGAGGCAUCAAUACCCUCCUCCCAUCUCCGGCGUCGCUUGACGGAAGAGUCUGCUCCCUACCAUACAACCCAUGGAAUCUGGGCGAUUGUGUCGACGGUACGGCGGUGACUGCGGUGCCGGUUCUACAGGUGGUUGUUUCCGAUGGUGCGGAGCGUCAGCGUGUAUCUGCAUCUUCGGGAUAUGGGGUGGCGAGUGCCUCUCCGAGUAGGGCCAGUUCCAUUGCUGUGGUGUCUUCGGCUGUGUCUGGUGCGAGUCCUGCGUCGAGUGGGUGGCCUGUGAGCUCGAGUGAUGCCACUGCGACGGGUGCUGUUAACGUCGGGUCGGGGAGAAGUAUGGUGUGCGAUGGGGCUUGUUGGAGUAUGCUGCUGCUUGUUUCCCUGCGGGUGGUGGGUCAUGUUUUGUUGAUGCUUGGGCAGGUUUAG